AUGGAGGAGGAGCAUGUGCACAAGCAGCACAAUGCGCCCAAGUCGGGCGCCAAGGCCAAGAAGAAGGCGCAGAAGCUGCAGAAGGUCGCCUCCGCAAAAGGCAAGAGUGGCCAGAGCUCCGACCCUCGUGCCUUCUCCAUCCAGAAGGUCAACAAGAUCCGUCGCCGUGUCAUGCACGCCCUGGACAAGGAAACACGCAAACACCAUGCUCCAAUCGCCAAUCGCACAGCGGAUCAGCCCCCGCCACUCGUCAUUGCCGUCGUCGGCCCGCCGCAAGUGGGGAAAACCACCCUCAUUCGGUCACUGGUGAAGCGGUUCACGAAACAAACUCUCAACGAGAUCAAGGGGCCCAUCACCAUCGUUGCAGGCAAGAAUCGGCGGUACACGUUCAUCGAAUGCAAGAACGACAUGAACGCCAUGCUUGACCUCGCCAAGAUCUGCGAUGUGGCGCUGUUGAUGGUCGACGGCAGCUUUGGGUUUGAGAUGGAAACGUUCGAGUUCCUCAACAUGCUCAUGGCACACGGCAUGCCACGCGUCAUGGGCGUGCUGACGCAGCUUGACCGCCUGCGCACGCAGAAGCAGAUACGGCGGCGCAAGAAGGAGCUCAAGGCGCGCUUCCAGUCGGAGAUCUCGGCUCGCUCCAACCUCUUCUACUUCUCCGGCAUCUCCAAGGAUAUGUAUCCGCAGCGCGAGACAGUUAACAUGGCCCGCUUCCUCUCUGUUCUCAAACCGAAGGUCCAGCGCUGGCGCAACAACCACCCCUACAUCCUCGCGGACAGACUCGAGGACAUCACAGACCCCGAGGACGUGCGCGUGAACCCCAAGAUGGACCGCAGCAUCAGCAUCUACGGAUACGUGCGCGGCACAUACAUCCGAAGCGGCCAGCGGGUGCACAUGCCUGGCGGGGGCGACUUCACGCUGGACAACGUGACGCUGCUGAAGGACCCGUGCCCGGCGCCGAGCAGCAAGGAGGAGAUGACGAAGAGCAGGAAGCGGCGGCUGGACGACCGCGACCGGGUCGUGUAUGCGCCAAUGUCUGAUGUCGGCGGCAUCCUCUUUGACAGGGACGCAACCUACAUCGAGAUGCCAGAAGAUGAGGAUGAGGAAGAGGAAGGUGAUGAGGAUGAGGAUGAGGAUGAAGACAAGGCUGGCGAUCGCGCAAUGAAGGAGGAUGAGGACGCAGAACCGGACUUCCGUGAUGUUGGCGACGACGAUGGUGACGCUGAGGACGGCGGCGUGGGCGGCGCGCGGUGGAAGGAAGGCAUGCUGGAGCGCGCAUCCAAGCACCACGAAACGCGACACGCCGCAAACCUGCACGAGCUCGUCUAUGGCAAACGUGCGUCUCAGACCGUUGAUGCCGACGACGACGACAAUGACGGUGAUGACUUCUUCACGAUGCGGUCGAAGGCCAAGGCGGACGAGGUGCACGACAGUUCGCGUGGCGCAUGGAGCACAGCCAUCGACCACGACUGGGACGAAGAAGACCUGAUUGCAGAGCUGAAGAACCAGUUUGUGACGGGCGAGUGGCACGAGGACGACGAUGCACAGACGCUCCUCGACAAACACAAGCAGUCCCUCGAGCAAGGCGACAGCGACGGCGAUGGUGAUGGUGCUGAGGACGAUGAGUUUGGCGACUUUGAGGACCUUGAGACGGGCGAGGUGCACACGUCGUCCAGUGCUGCUGCUGCUGGCGGCGAGGGAGAGAUGGGCGACGCUGAUGCUGAUGGAGAGGGUGAGGGGGACGAGGGUGAGGAUGAGGAAGAGCAGCCCAAGAGCGCAUUGACCUCACGGCAGAAACGGGAACUGAAGAAAGCGCGCAUGAAGGCGCUGUUUGAUGAGGAGUACGAUCGCGUGUCCGGCGGCGGCAAGACGCAUUUCGAUGAGGUCAAGGAUGAGCUUGCGGAGCGCGUCAAGUUCAACAUGGACGAAUUCGCCGACGAGGAUGAUACGUUGCGCGUGGAGUAUGAGGGCUACCGACCGGGCCUGUAUGUGCGGGUGGAGGUGCACGGUGUUCCGAUGGAGCUUGUGGAGUACUUUGACGCGUCGUACCCAUACAUCCUGGGCGGGGUGCUGCCCCAGGAGGAGGAGAUGGGCUUCAUCCAGAUCCGCUUCAAGCGGCAUCGCUUCUACCAGCGGCGGCUGAAGAACAGAGACCCCGUGAUCAUGUCCAUGGGGUGGCGACGGUUCCAGACCACCCCGCUCUACGCGUCGCAGGACGACAACCACCGCCACCGCCUUCUCAAGGUCACCCCGGACCACGUCCACUGCGUCGCCUGCGUUUACGCGCCGUUUGUGGAUCCUGGGUCCGGGUGCCUGACGGUAAUCAACAGCGGGGAGGCCGGCACAGACUUCCGCGUCACGGGAACAGGAACUGUUGUCCAGCUCGACCAGACGUCGGACAUCGUCAAGAAGCUCAAGCUCGUCGGCUACCCCAUGAAGGUUGUUAAGAACACUGCGUUUAUCAAGGGCAUGUUCAACUCUGCGCUUGAGGUGGCCAAGUUCCAGGGCGCCGCCAUCAAGACCGUCUCCGGCAUUCGCGGGCAGAUCAAGCGCGCCAUCCGCGCCCCAGACGGCGCGUUCCGCGCCACGUUUGAGGACCGCAUUCUGAUGAGUGACAUCAUCUUUCUUCGCACGUGGUACCCUGUUACGCCGCCAAAGUUCUACAACCCCGUCCUCUCGCUCCUCCUCCCAGACAAGACGGCGUGGGGCGGGAUGCGGUCGACGUGGGUGCUGCGCAUUGCAAACGGACUGCCAACCCCGCGCAAGAAAGAUUCCGAGUACCGGCCAAUCCACCGCAAGGAGCGGCGCUUUAAUCCGCUCAAGGUCCCCAAGAAGCUCCAGGCAAACCUUCCCUUCAAGACAAAGCCAAAGCUCGCGACAAAGCGUCGUCACGCAACAUACGAGACAAAGCGUGCUGUUGUCCUCUCGGAGAAGGAGCGGAAGCGCAUCAGUCUCUUGCAGGAGCUCGCCACCAUUCGCAACGAUAUGAACGCCAAGAAGAAGGCCCGGAGAGCACAGAAACGCGAGGAGGCGAAGAAGAAGUACGUAAAGAGCGAGCUGGAGCGCACGCGCAUCCGCAAGGAGAAGAUGAAGGAAGUGUACCGCGCACUUGGCAAGGAGGAGAAGCGACGCAUGAUUGCACAGGGCAGGGCACUCCCAGACUCAAAGCGCGCAAAGGGGCCAGAGCCCGUCUGA